AGCAAGGUUGAGUCAGUCCAAGCUGCUCCUCUCAAUUGUUGCAUUUAAACCAAUAAGGUUAGGACAAGAGAAUAGCUGUGGUUUGCGUUGCAAAAACAAAACAAAACAAAAAGCCCCGAGGCUUCGUGGGCAGACCUACAAGGCUGCGCAAACAAAUCGGGGGGGAUGAGAUUGUGCCGUUUCUUUGUCUAGGCGUCUCAGAUGCUAUCUGCCGCUGCCGUUCGCUGGGGCGCAAAGCCGUUCCCAAACAGACCGCGGCGAGCUGAUGGCUCCGAGCUUGCGGCGAGGUAGCGAGUGUGCAGGGCCACUUCCGACUGGAAACCUUCCUGCGGCUGUGCGCGGUGGCAGGGUCCUUCCUGGGGAAGGCGAUCGCGCUCAGUCGCUCGGCAGCCCGAGACUGCAGCAGCGCCCGGGUACUGUUCCCCGGAGCCGGGCAAUCCCCGGCCUCCGCGCCCCGCUGCCAGCCGCGCCGCAGCGCUGCUGAGAGCGCCGGGUUCCCGCGUUCCUGCCCAGCAGCCAAACUAUGUCAGGAAUGGAGGUCUACUAACACAGAAAACUCAAGGAGCACACUAAGCCGGUGGAGGCAGCAGAUGUGAGCGCUGUGCAAACACCCCACACCGGUUCCGAUGUUGCUCCUUCCUCACGCUGCAGGUCUAUGGAAAUGCAGGAUCUAACCAGCCCGCAUAACCGACUGAGUGGUAGUAGCGAAUCCCCCAGUGGUCCCAAACUCGAUAGCUCUCAUAUAAAUAGCACUUCCAUGACUCCCAAUGGCACGGAAGUUAAAACAGAGCCAAUGAGCGGCAGUGAAACAGCUUCAACAGCAGCAGACGGGUCCUUAGACAGUUUCUCAGGUUCAGCUCUCGGGAGCAGCAGCUUUAGUCCAAGACCAGCUCACCCAUUCUCUCCACCACAGAUUUAUCCUUCCAACAGACCAUACCCACAUAUUCUCCCUACCCCUUCCUCACAAACUAUGGCUGCAUAUGGGCAAACACAGUUUACCACAGGAAUGCAACAAGCCACAGCCUACGCCACGUACCCACAGCCGGGACAGCCCUAUGGAAUUUCCUCCUAUGGUGCAUUGUGGGCAGGCAUCAAGACGGAAGGUGGAUUGUCACAGUCUCAGUCACCUGGACAGACGGGAUUUCUCAGCUAUGGCACCAGCUUUGGUACCCCUCAACCUGGACAGGCACCAUACAGCUACCAGAUGCAAGGUAGCAGUUUUACCACAUCAUCAGGAUUAUAUGCAGGAAAUAAUUCACUCACCAAUUCCUCUGGAUUUAACAGUUCGCAGCAGGACUAUCCAUCUUACCCCGGCUUUGGCCAGGGUCAGUAUGCCCAGUAUUAUAACAGCUCCCCGUAUCCAGCACACUAUAUGACAAGCAGUAACGCCAGCCCAACAACACCAUCGACCAACGCCACUUACCAACUCCAAGAACCACCUUCUGGCAUCACAAGUCAGGCGGUCACAGACCCCACAGCAGAGUACAGUACGAUCCACAGCCCUUCAACGCCCAUUAAAGAUUCUGAUUCUGAUCGACUGCGUCGAGGUUCAGAUGGGAAGUCACGUGGCCGAGGCAGAAGAAAUAAUAAUCCCUCACCUCCUCCGGAUUCUGAUCUUGAGAGAGUGUUCAUCUGGGACUUGGACGAGACAAUCAUAGUUUUCCAUUCCUUGCUCACGGGGUCCUAUGCCAACAGAUACGGGAGGGAUCCACCUACUUCUGUUUCCCUCGGGCUGCGAAUGGAGGAGAUGAUCUUUAACUUGGCAGACACACAUCUGUUUUUCAAUGACCUGGAAGAAUGUGACCAAGUCCAUAUAGAUGAUGUUUCAUCAGAUGACAAUGGCCAGGACCUGAGCACAUACAACUUUGGGACAGAUGGCUUUCCUGCUGCAGCCACCAGCGCUAAUUUAUGCCUGGCCACUGGUGUCCGAGGCGGUGUGGACUGGAUGAGAAAGCUGGCCUUCCGCUACAGACGUGUAAAAGAAAUCUACAACACCUACAAAAACAAUGUGGGAGGUCUGCUCGGCCCAGCUAAGAGGGAAGCCUGGAUCCAGCUGAGGGCCGAGAUAGAAGCGCUCACAGACUCCUGGCUGACCCUGGCCCUGAAGGCCCUCUCCCUCAUCCACUCCCGGACGAACUGUGUGAAUAUUUUAGUAACGACGACCCAGCUCAUCCCGGCGUUGGCGAAAGUCCUGCUGUAUGGGUUAGGAAUUGUGUUUCCAAUAGAGAAUAUUUAUAGUGCGACUAAAAUAGGAAAGGAGAGCUGUUUCGAGAGGAUAAUCCAAAGGUUUGGAAGGAAAGUGGUGUAUGUUGUCAUAGGAGAUGGUGUGGAAGAAGAACAAGGGGCAAAAAAGCAUGCUAUGCCCUUCUGGAGGGUCUCCAGUCACUCGGACCUCAUGGCCCUGCAUCAUGCCUUGGAAUUAGAGUACCUGUAACAGCCUCAUGCCAAUUUGACACUGCGCAACUGCCCUGUGGCCAGAGACAAUCCAGCAGGCCUCAGUCUUGUGUCAGUGCUGGACUGUGGAAUGUACCAAUUUCAACAUAUGGAUGAAUGACUGCUGUGGUCUUGACUGCUCCCCUCCAGGUUAAUGGAGGACCAUGUGUAUUUCUUCAGAACAGCUGUUGACUCUAGUACUGUGAAUCCAAUGAAAAUAAGCCAUGAGAAUGUUCUAGCACAGUGUGAUGUGUCUUGGCUACAUUAACUACAUGGUUCAAACCUGUGAAGAAAAGACCUACAGACACUUUGGUUUUCAGCAAAUGUGACAUAAACAGCUUCUCCAACCCAGCAAACUUGAUUCCACAACAGAGACUGAGAUGUGUCUCCUGGACAUCAGUGGAGGGAUCCUCUCAAAGGUUUACUUUUUGGUGUCUCCUACCCAGGGCAAUCUGUACGUUGCUACUUAUUUAUGAAAAGACUUUCAAGAAACAGAUUUGCCGAAGUAUAAUUCACAUACCGUAUAAUUCACCAAGACAGACUUCUCAGUAUCAAACAGCUGAAAGGACAAUAGUAUAAGAAAUAAUCAAUGAAAAGGCCUUUGCCUGACAAUACAGCAAGUACUUUGAAUUUUAGCACAUUGCAAAGUAGUUUAAAGUAUGUCUAAUUUAAACAUGUAAAAUGUACAUCACUGAGACAAUCGUGUACAGAAAGAAGUUUUGGUGUAAAUUUGUAAUAAUGGAUGAUUCUUUUACAUUCUGUUUAGGGAAAUGCUAUUAGGAGGUAGAAAUGCCUUCAUAGGAAGCUUGGGCACAAACUCCUGCAGUGCCUUAGCUAAGUAUUGGGUAUAAAUAUUGUAGAUAAUGGAUCUUUUUGAUAAUGUUAUCUAAGACCAAAAGCAUGAAUGUCAAGUGUCAACAAGGAUUUUAUUUUCCCAAUCUUUUAUCCCAUCAAUUUUUCUAAUUUUUUUUUAGUGUUGGUUAGAAGGGCCUUGAUAAAAAUAACACAGCAAUUUCAUAACUGAAAAAAAUUUUAAAGUCUUCCGGCCCACCUCCCUUUCUCAUUUCAACACUAAUGUAUUAUAUGUAACUACUUGGAAAAGAAUGAUUAUUCGAAUUCUUCAUCCCACAGAAAGAAUAUAGAUGAUAGAUAUAUUUUAUUAAUAAAAUUAAUUGGAGCCUAGCAGAGUUUUCAUGUGCUCAGAAUUAUUAUUGUGUCUGGGUUUUGUGUCUGGGUUUCUUAUUUGUAUCAAAGAGGACAUUACCACAUAGAUGUGUCAGCAACACUUCCCGUCAGUCCCUCUGCUCAGUCUUUCCCUCCUCAUUACCCACAGUGGGUGUGUCUGGCCAUCAUCACAAACACUAAUGUUGCGAUGUUGUUUUCUACUUAUAACAUGACAGACAUAAAUCUGGAGUGUGGGGGCUGAUGACAAAUGAUCAUGUUUGUCAUGCUAUAAGAAAGAUUCUUCCAAAAUGAUGAAUUUGUAUGGGCAGGAUUCUUUCUCAUCUUGGACUUCGUGUUGCCAUGAAAUUAUCCUUUGGAUCAAUUUUGUCUAAUAUUAUUACUCUGGGUUUGACCUGGAGUAGCAGACAAACCACUCUACCCUUUCCUUUUCUAAAAGUCCAUGUUGCUGCUAAAAAUUAGUCAUUGUGAAUUCUCCAAAUUGUUAAAGUGAAUAAUGGAAUCCGUUUCCUGUCUCACCUGGCAUAGACAGAAGUGGAUGGUUUUUAAGCCUCUUCAUUUGAUGUUUCUGUACUCUGUGAAGACUAAAAAGACAGCUUUGAUCUUGGCCUUACUGUAAAAGAAAAAAAAGGGGGGGGGGCUUUGUGUGUCCACAGUUGUGUACAGAUUUUUUUCUUCAUUAAUUUUGUGUUUAAAUUAAUAAACUUGAUUUGUGCGGGACUGUA